UAUACCCAUCGAUUUAAGAUCUUCAUUAGGGUCGUCCAGAUUAGAGUUCUCCAACCCAUAUUGUGAUGUACCAUUUUCUCUUUUAGUAAUCCGUUCAUUCAUUCGUCUCCGAAGAACAAGCAGCAGAAGCAGAAGCAGAAGCUUCAGGACGUGGUUUUGAAGCUUCUUCACUCAAUUUAUUAUUAUCAAUAGAAGGACUAAAGCCUUGAAAAUACAUCCGACCUUUUAUAGCCUCAGGAGGGGAAGUUUCCAUCAGGUAUCACCUCUUCUUCCUUCUUAGGCUUUUCCUCUCUGAGAGAAGCCCUUUGCAUAAACUUCAAGUUCCUCAAGGUACCGGAUAGUUCACGCUUGGCCAUUCUGAUUUGCAGAACAACUUCUUGGGGAACACCGAAACUGAAAUUGCUUUUAUUCACUUGCUAUUCUUCAAUUUCCGGCAGGGUGACGGCGCCGGCGCCGGCGCUAGCCUCGAAAGGAAUCUCGUGCCUCCAAUUGCAGCUAACCGCAAAAUCCAUCGUCUCCUCAAAGAACAACUUUCUCAGAUUGUAGAGUGAUGAGGACUUUAUUCUCCCCCUGCAAAAUUUCACAUAUACCAGUUGUUAGCUUUGGACGCAAAAGAUCGUUAAAAAUCUACAGUGCAAAAAUGGAGCUCUCAAUCACACAACCUGAUGAUUGGCAUCUUCAUCUCCGUGAUGGUGAUGUUCUUAAGGCAGUUGUCCCUCACAGUGCACAUCACUUUGGGAGGGCAAUAGUCAUGCCAAAUUUGAAGCCUCCUAUCACUACCACUGCUGCUGCUGUAGCAUACCGGGAGGCGAUAUUGAAAUCUUUACCUGUUGAUAGUGAUUUCAACCCUCUUAUGACACUUUAUUUGACAGAUACAACCAGUCCUAGGGAAAUCAAACUAGCAAGAGAGAGCCAGGUCGUAUUUGGGGUGAAGUUGUACCCUGCUGGUGCCACGACAAAUUCUCAAGAUGGAGUGACUGAUCUUUUCGGGAAGUGUUUACCAGUUCUACAAGAAAUGGUUGAGCAUAAUAUGCCUCUGCUGGUUCAUGGAGAGGUUACUAAUCCUGAGGUUGACAUGUUUGAUAGAGAAAAGGUAUUCAUUGAAACGGUUUUAAGACCGUUGGUGCAGAAAUUUCCACGAUUGAAGAUCGUGAUGGAGCAUGUUACCACCAUGGAUGCUGUUAAGUUUGUUGAAUCUUGCACUGAAGGAUUUGUUGCAGCGACUGUCACCCCACAACAUCUUGUUUUGAACAGGAAUUCUCUCUUCCAAGGGGGCUUACAACCGCAUAAUUACUGCCUUCCAGUCCUCAAAAGAGAGAUCCACAGGGAGGCACUUGUGUCAGCUGUAACAAGUGGAAGUAAAAGAUUUUUUCUUGGGACUGAUAGUGCUCCUCAUGAUAGACGAAGAAAAGAAUGUUCUUGUGGAUGUGCUGGUAUUUACAAUGCUCCUGUAGCCUUGUCAGUAUAUGCAAAGGUGUUUGAAAAGGAAAAUGCACUCGACAAGCUCGAAGCAUUUACUAGCUUCAAUGGACCAGACUUUUAUGGGCUUCCUAGGAACAACUCAAAGAUUAAGUUGAGUAAGACGCCAUGGAAGGUACCCGAAUCCUUUUCUUAUGCAUCAGGAGAUAUUAUUCCCAUGUUUGCUGGUGAAAUGCUCGACUGGUUGCCGGCUCCUCUCUGAGAGAUUCCUCUUCUCAUUUGUCAUUCUUGUACUGUAAUAUUGUGAUUCAACCAAAGAUAUAGACUGUAGGUGUAUCCUUUCAGCUAAUAAAUUAUGGAAGCAAUAAGCUUUCUGGAUGUGACUGAACGUAAAGCUUCGAUCCAUUUUAAAUUAAGAUCAGGUUUAGUA